AAAGCCACCAAACUGAAGCAGCAAAGAAGAAAGCAGAAAAAGAAAAGAAAAUCAAAAGCCAAAACAUCAAAACCCAGAAAUAAAGAUUUUGAAUUUGCAAUGGCGGUACUCAACUAUAAGCUCGUUGUGAUCUGCGCGACGCUCAUGGCAGCAGCUGCGGCGGCGGUAAUGACUGUUGAUGCGAGUGGGGACCACCACCUGCAACACCCGAUCCUGGGGUGGAUACCGACCAGAUCGCCAUGCAAGGGCUCCAUAGCCGAAUGCUUAGCCGGGGAAGAGUUCGAGCUGGAUUCGGAGAUCAGCCGGCGCAUUUUAGCCACCACCAGGUACAUCAGCUACGGCGCGCUUCAGAGGAACACCGUUCCUUGUUCCCGGCGUGGCGCUUCCUAUUAUAAUUGCAAGCCUGGUGCUCAGGCUAACCCUUAUAACCGUGGGUGCAGCCGUAUUACCAGGUGCAGGGGCUGAACUCUUUUCUUUUUAAACAUGGUUUGUUAUACAUGAAAAAAAAAAAGGAUAUUGGUUGGUAGUGAAUCUGGUAAUUUACUUUGAUUUUGCAUAUCUCUGCAAACGAUUAUUGUUACUAUUUACUUAAUACUUUUUUUUUCUUGCUCACAAAA